ACAGGAAGUUUUUUCAUUUGUAGAUCAAAGUUUUUCUCCAUCAUGUCUUAUGUAUGCCAACAGAAGCAAAAAGCAGAAGUGGAACUUUGGAGUAAAAACAAGCUGCAACAGGAAAGCAACAGUGAUUUUGUUUCUGCCUCUCAAACACCCAGCUCUCCUCUGCAGGGUGUCGUGGCAGAGCAGCAGGGCGUACCCAAGUAGUUGUGCUGGGAUGAUUUUUUUUGUAUUUUGGGGCAGAGUUGCCAUAGAACAAGCUCUCCUACUUCCCCCCCCCAACCCACAAUUCACCUCUCAGCACUUUCACUUCCUUGCAGUAAGGCUUUGACAAAAUCACUUUUCUAGUGCUCUAUUUCGAAACAAUGCUAAACCAUUCCUGUCCGCCAGGCAACAAGAUGCACGGGGAAAAUGCUGGAGCAGUAGAAAACAGCAAGAAAUUGCUCAAGCUUUUUUCUUUUUAAACUUAUAUCAGGACAACGCGUUAAAGCAUUUAGGACCCUGAUAGGUCCUAGGUUAAGGAGCAAUGUCUAGUUUAGUAAUGAAAAUUAUUAUGUUAUGUACUGGUAUAUGCAACAAACUAUCUUAGUUGAAAGAAGAGUAACAGACUCUGGUGCUGCAGAUCAGUACCCUCAGAAACUGCUAGCUGCAUUCUCAGUCCGCACGAUAACUGGGAGUUCACCAGCAAAGCGGGAUGAGUCUAAACAAGCCUUAUUAGCAAGCCAGGGCUCGUAUCCCUACCUCUCCAAACACUUCCCUAUAAAGAAUCCUGUGAAAGUUGUGUCCUUGUACUAAUGUAGGCUUUUUUGUGUUAUUAUCGAUUUUGAAAAGUUCUUAAUUAUUAAAGUAACGUAUUUUGUUGCAACCUUCUGCUUGUACUUCAAGUAAUUUUGCUUAACUUAACUUGUCUUGCCUCUUUCCUAAAGCACAAGUACACUUUGCUUCGGUUCAAAAAUUCAUCCAGCCACAGCAGAAUGUUUAAAAAAGUCACCCAAUCCGUAGUAAAUCAAAUGGAUUCAACAAGAGACCUGGUCCCGGUUCACAGCAUCUUAGACCAUGAACAUUUCAGACCCCUCUGUCUAGUGAAACCUAAAAAAAAAAAGAUAUGGAAGCUAUCUCCCGGCUACACACAGACAUGGUACACACUUGACGACGUGCUGCUGCCUGGAGAAGACAAUAGAAGCACAGAGUCCCUCUUUCCCAAGGGAGACGAUCAAGAUUCAAGGCAAUUUACAGUCAAAAAAAGGGUCAGUGACACAGUUGAUGGGAGUGUAAGCCUUCAUGUUGAAUCUGCAAGUGUAGCGUUGAAAGGAGUUGCCUCCUUGUCCAGAGAGUGGUCCAUCAAGCUGCAGAAGAACCACAUACCAAUACCAAAACUCGAGGCACUGAAAACAGAAAGAAAAAUGAAUGCGAAUCACUCCUUCAUUCAACAACUACAGAAAAAACAACAACGUUUAUACAUGGUUCAUGAAACGGUAGAAACCUCAGAGGAGACCAUCUAUGAGGAAUCCAUUAAGGCAGAGGGGAGCUUGAAGACCCAGUUUCACGCCAAGUUUUUUGCAAAGGGCACCCGAGAGAACAGACAAGGCAUAACUAUACCCAAGGGCUGCACCCUGGCAUUCAGGGCAAUCGAGCUGACCAUUACAGAUGGAUCAUGGGAUCUUCAAUAUUUCCCAGAAUCUUCCAGAACGCUCGUAUGUGAUGGUUCCUCACAAGGAAAAUUAGACAGACUGGAGGCAGAAGUUAAAGAUACUUGUCAAAUUUUCUCCAAGCUGUCUUCUGAUCUGUUUGUCGUAUUUUUAAAAGCCAUCAAAGCUGUGAUGAGAGACAGGAACCUCUUUGAAGAGCUGACCCACAAAAUGGAAGCAGUUCUUGAUGAAACUGGUAGUUGUGAGCUGAAAACAGAAAGCCCAGACUUAAAAGACCUGUUGAGCAGCUUACAGAAUUCUUCAAGACAUCUUCUCCUUAAGCUGGCAGAAGCAAUCACCUACACUCUUGAUGCAUUAGAUGAGCUAAUGGAAGAUCAGCUGCUGAUGUUGCUAGAGUCCUUGGAAGAGAAGAUUGUGUCCCAACAGCUUAAGCUGGUUAAGAGCAUCUUGGAACACGACGACAUAGAACACAGUGAGGGGCAUUUCCAUGUGGAUGCCAGCUUACUCUCCUUCUCACAAGAGAGGGAACAAAAAUUAACCAUUGCAAUGGUCGAGAUGAGUGGAGUGAAGCUCCAGAAGGACGGAUCUGCUGUCUGUACAAAAGCCGCCUUCUCGGCCGUAGCAGCCCUGUAUGUGUCUCUGUAUGUCCUCAAUCUUUUGAGUAACUCAGAUUAGGUUAUACAUGUCCUCCCAUUAGGGAGGAUUUAAAGGUAAUCACUUGAUAACAUAUUUGAAAGUCUCUUCCUGCAAGCCAGUUUCUCUCUGCAGACUUUACCCCUACAUAGGUGAGGCAUUCCUCACCGCCACUCACCCUACAUAGAUGAGCGCUGCUUUGAAAUGAGUAGGAAAAGCAGACUUAAAGCAAGAAAACUCCUUGUAGAAGCCAGAAGCUGGAUACCAAAAUUGAUUUUUCAUUCCCCCCAUACAAAUGCAGAGUGCCAUCUGAAAAAUCCACUAGCCCAAAUAAUCGUAAGCCUGUCAGCUGCACUUUGCAUGAUCCUGAUUCUCAUAAAACAUGCUAGCACACAGCCAUUCAUGCAGCCAGUAAGGCACAAAGGAAUACCUCAGCAAUAAUUCACUUACCCUGGUCACACCUAUGAUUCACCUGUGACUCAGUAAGCUGGGAAGUGUUAGAAAGCUGAGGGAUCUCACAGCAUUUUAAUGACACACCUGGUGAAACAGCAGAGAACCUGGUGAAACAGCACCUCCAUCACAAGAUUACACACCCCACCAGCAGCAACAAGGAAUAAGCUACAACAUUUCAGAACAAUGCUACAGAUACUUUGAUGACUGCUUUAUAAAUAAAGAGAAUAACUUCUUACUGAA